GAUGUUGGUUACUAUACAAGCAUAUGACAAGGAUUUGCAUCCUAAACCUUGUGGUGGCAAGCCAAGCUGUAUAAAGGGAGAUAAAGCAAUAAUGUUUUACACCUCCAUUUGUCUAUUAGCACUAGGUGCGGGUGGUGUUAAGGGGGCUCUUCCAACACUUGGGGGUGAUCAGUUUGAUCCAAAGGAUCAAAAGGAACGAAAACUUCUUGGACGCUACUUUAAUUGGUAUUUGCUCAGUACAAUACUUGGUUCAAUGGUAGGAGUUACGGCCAUUGUAUGGGUUAGCAUGAACAAAGCUUGGUACUGGGGAUUUUUCAUUGGCACCAUCACUGCUCUAAUUGGAUUCAUUGUUUUAGCACUUGGGAAGCCUUUCUAUCGCUUCCAACCCCUUGGAAACAGCCCAAUAGUGAGGGUUGCACAGGUUAUAGCGGUUGCAGCACGAAAUAGAAAAUUGUCAUUACCACAAAACUUGAAUGAACUUUAUGAGAACAGUGACAAAAUUGUAGAUCCAUUUGAAGAAAAACUCUUGCAUACCAAUCAAUUUAGGUUUCUAGACAAAGCUGCUAUUGUACCCAACGGCACAGCUCCAGAGCCUUGGAAGGUUUGCACAGUUACACAAGUUGAAGAAAUAAAGAUCCUAAUAAGAAUGCUUCCCAUCAUAGCUAGCACCAUUAUAAUGAAUACAUGCUUGGCACAGUUGCAAACAUUUUCAGUCCAUCAAGGGUACUCCAUGGAUCCUUAUAUUGGAUCAUGGGAAUUUCCAACAGCAUCAAUUCCUGUAAUUCCACUAGUAUUCAUGUCGAUCCUCAUACCCAUCUACGAGUUUUUCGUUGUCCCAUUUGCAAGGAAGAUUACGGGACAUCCAUCAGGCAUAUCUCAACUUCAAAGAGUGGGUGUCGGUCUUGUUCUUUCAAUUGUAUCAAUGAGUAUUGCAGGUAUAGUUGAAGUCAAGAGAAGGAAUAAAGGUAUCAUGAACCCCAUUAGUCUAUUUUGGCUUUCCUUCCAAUAUGGCAUUUUUGGACUUGCAGACAUGUUUACUGUUGUUGGGUUAUUAGAGUUUUUCUACAAGGAAGCUCCUUCAGGGAUGAAAUCUUUAUCCACUUGUUUCACUUGGUUAUCCAUGUCUUUUGGGUAUUUCUUGAGCAGCAUUUUUGUUGAUCUUAUAAACUCUGUCACCAAGAGGAUUACUCCAAGCAAACAAGGUUGGCUGCAAGGAAGAACCUUGGAUCAGUAUAAUCUGCAUCUCUUCUAUUGGUUCUUAGCUAUCCUUGGUGCCAUUAACUUUGCAAAUUAUCUGUUUUGGGCUUCAUGGUACAAGUACAAGAAAGAUGUUGGAGAAACUGGAAUUGAACAGAAAGAAUUGUCUGGCCUCAGGGAAGCAUCCUUCAAGGAAGAUGAUGAAUUUUGACAAUUUGUGAGACACACAAUCUUGGAGUGAUGGAGCUAGAGAUUAUGACAAUCCAAAAUAAAGUUUCUUGGAGUGAUGGAGCUAGAGAUUAUGAUAAUCCAAAAUAAAGUUCUUUCUUCUUUGUAUUUCGUUAUUAUACUUUGAGAUAUAAAAUUUUCAAGAAAUUAAAUAAUAUAAGGAUUUUAUUGCUACUGGAUUCAUGAAGCAGAACUAUGAUGCUAUUAUGCAAGGCUUUCAAAGGCUUUUGUCAUGUCUACACAAAUGACACCAAAAAAACCAAAUAAAUAAAGGUCAUACUAAUAUAAUGUACAUUAAAAUUGA